UAAUACUUUAAAAUGCAACCCUGUGUUUAAAAAAACUGUACCUGGGUUAAGAACAGUUGUAUGACAGCGAUGAUAAUAAAAUGAACAUUGGCAACGAUAGAAGCAGUAAUUCAUUGCCAACUACAUAAUUAUUUACUAAAAGCGAAGAUUAUAAAUAUUUGAUUUGAUAACUUGUAAUCUAUUAACAAACACCUUCAUGGACUAUACGUUUGAAAGUAAAUGGAUUAUUUGUAGAAUAUGUUUGAAGACUUCUGAGAAGGAAAUGACUCCCAUAUUUGGGCCGGACACGAACCUCGCAGAAGAAAUAGCUGACCAUGGAUCAAUCACAAUUGAAGAAUCCGGUACAUGUCCUGAUCGAAUAUGUGAAACAUGUAUUUUGUUGCUAAAGGCUGCGAUAAAAUUUCGCAAGCUUUGUCAAUAUGCUUCCAAGCAAUGGCAGGAACUACUUAACCUUAGUGAAAGCGAACUGAAAUGGAAAGAUGUUAAAACCGACGUACUAACAGAAGUUUUCAAUAAAACAGAAUUACCAAAAAGUCAAAAUGAAUCAAGUUCCGAUAAAUCAUUGGUAUUGUUAGAAGAUGCAGAGCGUGAAGCCUUCACUGAUGAUAAUUUGGUUUUUGAAGUAAUUGAAGGAUUCAAUGAGGACUGCGACGAUACUAAUGACAACAUUAUUGAGUCAAAUGAUGCAGAGUACAUAGAAAUAGAAGAUGAUCCAGAUGGCUUUUUGGAGGAUAGUACCACAAGCCAGACAGAUGAGAUUACAUUCUACUCCAAUAAUCAGUACGAUGAUUCGAAACAUGAAGAAGAAGCAAUAACUUCUGAAGAGCAUAUGGAAAAGAUCUUAAGUGAUAAAACGAAUUCAGAUAUAUUAAAAACAUAUCCAAAUGAAAGUAAUGAUAACCCAGAAUGUGAAGCUGAUAUCAACACAAGAAUUGUUCCUGUAAACACACAAGUGAAACGAGGACGUAAAAAGUUGACCAACGCUACAAAAACUUCCCAAAAAAACAAAAUAGAGUCGGUGGAAAUUUCAUCCAGGGAACUGAAGAAAUCGACGAAUAAUUAUAUCUGUAGCUAUUGUGGUAAUGUUUAUAAUGAAAAGGCUAAAUUGACAUUACAUUUAAGAAUACACACAAAAGAAAAACCACAUGAAUGCGAAAUUUGCCAUAAACGAUUUGCUCAAACUCCUCAACUGGCUCGACAUAUGAAUUCUCACACAGGCAACCGGCCUUUCAAAUGCAAGUUUUGUGAAGCCAGUUUUGCGGAUCCGUCUACAUGUAUUAAGCACCAACGAAUUCAUACACAAGAACGGCCCUAUGUUUGCGACACCUGCGGCAAAGCCUUUUCUUACUCCAACGUCCUCAAGGUGCAUGUAAUGUCUCACACAGGAGAAAAACCAUACAAUUGCAAAUAUUGUGGUAAAAAAUUUACGCAAGCUCAUCACAGAAGAACUCAUGAACGGAUUCAUACGUCUUGAUGGAUAGACUGCGCUACUACAAAGAUUUAAAAUAAUAAUUAUUAUUUGUGAAUUAUUAUAAUGUUACAAAUUCUUCAAA